AUGUCUUAGCAAUAAAUUGCUUCUCUUUCACCUUCUCACAAGAAUGAUUAGGCCCAACAAAAAGAAACAGGCAUAGCUUCAGGUCAGGAAAAUUCUUCUUCUGUAGAAUAGAAAAAUGCUACUACUACUUCUAAUAUUAAUAAUAAUAGUGGAGGGUCGCAAUAAGGAAACAAAGAGUAAAAUGCUUAUCGCAAAAACUAUAAUAACUUUAGCUAAAAUAGUUAUAAGAAUUACUAAGGGAAUAACAACAGUAAUGGAAGCUAUAAUUAGAAGCAGAAUGGAAAUCAACACUUUAUAUCUACAAACAAAACAAGUGAUAGUAGAGAAAAGUUUUCAGGAGGAGAUAGCUAUAAAAAAGUUAGAGAUUCUUCUUCAAAUAAUUACAGGAAAUAAACAAAUCAUCAUUAGGAUUCUGAUUAAAAUAAUUACUAAGGAGGCUACGAAUAUCAAAAAUAUAAUAAAACAAGUGAAGGAUAAUAAUCUUCGCAGUAUUCCUACAACAAUAACAAUCACUACCAUAAUUAGGGAGGAUCCUUCCACUAUAAAUAAAAUAACUAAGGAAACCCCAGUAAUCCCUAUUAUAAAAACUACCAAAAUGCAUAUUACCAUAAGGAAAAAAAACUUUAAACGAAAUACAUCCCAAAAGCUCAACUCUAAGAACAAUAAAAAGAAUCUAAUACUGAUAUUAAUCUCAACCAAAACGAGUAAAACCAACAGCUCGAGUAUGUCAAUAAUGAAAAUAAUUUAUCCACGAAUAACAGUGAGAGCAAUAAACCAAAUAGCUCUCAAUCAGUGACUUAAUAAAGUGAAGAAAAAUAAAUUGAAAUAGAAAACUAAAAUAAGCAAUUGGAUGCUAACAAUAGCAGUAAAAAUAGUAACAGUGAUAGUUAAGAAAAAGAAAAAAGUAAUUAAAAGGUAAACAGCUUUGACGAUUCAAGAAAAACAAAUUAAAAUGAAGAAGUACAUUACAAAAAAGUUUAUUAAAAGCCUAACACAUACAUCAAUAAUAACAACAAGGUCUAUACAUCUAAACCUGGCUAAGUGUCAACUUAGUAAUUGUAGUAAUAAAAGAAAAAUUAUUAGAAGAAAAAUAUUAAAAAUCAUGAAUAUAAUAAUUCAAAUAAAAACGACGACUCCAAAGAUUCCUUACAAAGGGAGUAUGAUUUAAGUGAUGAAGAGGAUAUUGAAUCAAAUGAUGAAGAUAAAAAUUUCGAAAGUUACUAAAAUCCUCAGAAUAGCUCAAAGAAAAAUAAAUUCGAUAAGAGCUAACAACAAAAUGGAACUAAAGAAUAGCGCCCUCCAAGUAAAAGUACAGACGAAAAGAAUGAAAAUUCUUAUGCAAAUCCUUAAAUAAAUCAAAGAUAAAACUAUCAUAAUGCUUUUAAAUAUUAAAGCAACUAUGCAAAACCCUUUUAUAAUAAUGAAUCUGGUCAUAUAAGCUAAAACUUAAAUAGUGGAAAUGGUACUAGCAACUCCUAUAACAAUACCAAUUAAUUUAAUAGCAGCCAGAAAAACCCUAAAAAAAUGAAAACUUUCUACUAUCAGAAAAAGAAGCCAAGCAAUUCAGAUGAAGAAGACAUAGACGAUAUCAUAUAAGAUUAUCUUAGUGAAGAGGAUUUAGAAGAAAAUUAAAAUCAAUUCAAGGAUAAAAGAAAUGGAAGCCUUGUAAAUAAAUAAAAGAAAAUUAAAGAAAAUGUAGUUUAUGUCUUGAAGGAAAAGGAAGAAGAAAAGUAAUCAACUGAAGGUUAGAUUGAUAAUGAAACCAACCAAAAUACUAAAUAAGACACAUCAGAAGAACCCUAAAAAUAAGAAAACAAUUCAAAUUAUGAAGUUAGCUCUAGUUAAGAAGGAUAAAUCUAAAAUAAAACUCAAUAAAAUGGUUUAAAAAAUAAUAAUUACAAUCCCUUUUAUAAAUAAAAUCCUAACUAAAAGUAAUAUAAUACUAAGGGUUAACCGAUUAAACAAAAUAAGAAUCCUAAUUACUAGCAUGUGCAGGAAAUAUAUGUGAGAGCUAAAAAUGAACAAGAGAAUAAAAAUAACAAUAACAAUGGCAAUUAAAACAUUAUCAAAUAGGAUAAUUAGAAUUAGUAAUAGUCAAACAACUAAAAUUAGGAAAAUAGCAAUAAAUAAAAUGAAUAAUUCGAUCAAUAAAAAGUAAACACUAUUUAAAAUAAUUCAAAUCAGCAAAGCUAACUACAGAGUGGUUACUUCAAAAAGAAUUAAUUUGUAGAAAAGAAUAAACAAGAGAGGUAGUAAAAUAAAGAUUAAUAAUACAGAGAAGAUAACUUGUACCAAUAACAAAGCUAUAGCAAAUAAGAAUAAAAGUAAACAAAAGAAUCUUCUGAGUAGAAAGGUUGUGAAUCUAGUGAUAAAAUGUCCCAACACAAUAGCAAUAAAGACAAAAAUUAAGUUGAAAUAUAAGAAAUGAAUAAGAUACAUCCUAAAAGACAAGCAUAAUUUUCAAAAGAAGAUCUAGACAACUAAACAAAUAGCAGCUAAAAAGAAAGUUAGGAAAAUGCUUCAUCUAUAGCAUUAGCAAAUGCCUAAAAGAAAAAAGAAAAGCUUGAAAAGCUAAGAGAAAAAUAUUAUAAAUAGUAAAUUCCUUCUUAGACUUCUUAGGGUGAAUACAUUUAAUAAACACCACAAAACCUAGGAUAAUACCCUGCAAAUAGCCAUUAGCAAGUUAUACAAAACUCAGUUUAUCCAUAAUAAUACUCAAAUUAAAUUUAUGAAUAACUUCUCUCUCCAGAUUCAGAUAAUCAUGAUUUUUAACUUUAAUUCUAUGAUUUUGCUAAACCAUAACCCUAAAAUGCUCUUCAUGUUUAACCCUCAGUUUAGUAACAAUUUUUAUUCUAUCCAUAUCCAAGAGUAGCAGAAAUGGAUUAUUACUCACACUACAUGUAAGAUAUAUUCCCUUCUGAAUAACCCUCUACAUAGCUUUCUUAUUAUUAAGUUGCUCAUAAUCAAUAGCCAGCAGCUAUGUAUCCUGCCUCUUAUCUUCAUUCACUUUCACACCAAUAACAACCAUAAAUUAUUUAAAAUACUAUUUAAAAACCAUAGUAACCAGUUUAAGUAAACUCCUCAAUUAACUCUGUAAACCCGCUACUCUCUUCACCUCAGCAAUCAUAAACAACAACACAGCAAUCAUAAAUACAAUAAGUCUAGAAAUCAGAUUAAUACUAAUAUUCUUUUAACCUUGCAGGCUAGUCCUAUUUUAGUAAUUUCGCUUUGAAAAACGAUAGUAAAAUAGAUGAUAGUCUUUGGUAUUAUAUAGACAAUUAGGGAUAAGAAUAAGGUCCAUUCCCCUCUAUCUAAAUGGAUUUAUGGAAUGUUUAAAACUACUUCCCAAAUGACUUAUAAAUAAAAUUCGAAAAAACUAAUAAUUGGACUGAGAAAAGACAAUUCUAAGUCGAAAAUCCUAUCCCUGAAGAUGAAGAAGAGCUUCAUUGCUUAGCUUUUUCAAUAAGCGAAUCUCCUUCUAUUUUUAGCAACAGUUUUUACUAAUCAUAAUAAUCUUGA